AUGGGUUUUGCAGAAGCUUGGAGCUCACCGGAACUGGCCGGAGUGGAAUUCACCGGAACUGGGUAUAGUCUUGGCCAUUCAGAUGGGUCAGGAGAGGAAGAAAUCUCCCCAGUAGCCGGUGCAACGGAUCUAGCCGGCUUCCAUCGAUUUAUUGAUCAAAGUGGGCCGUCUGAUGGAUCUUCACAGCAAGAAACAGACUACCUGUGGAGUAACUCUUCAAGUUGGGCGGUUGUGAAAAAUGAAGUGAUGAGCACCUUUCAGGAGUUUCAUUCUACAGGUGUAUUUGAGAAAUCGCUUAAUGCAUCAUUUAUUGUCCUCAUCCCUAAGAAGGGAAACGCUUCAGAUAUUAAGGAUUUUCGUCCUAUUAGCUUAGUGGGUUGUAUUUACAAACUCAUAGCUAAGGUGUUUGCUCAAAGAAUGCGAGGAGUUAUGGAUGGGAUUAUUUCAGAUUCCCAGAAUGCCUUUGUUGGAGGUAGGCAAAUUCUUGAUUCAGUUCUUAUUGCCGAUGAAUGUGUGGAUUCAAGGUUGCGUAAUGGUGUUCCUGGAGUUCUGUCUGGCUUUUUUGGGUGCUCUCGGGGUGUAAGACAAUGUGAUCCAUUGUCAUCUUUUCUUUUUCUUAUUGUUAUGAAGGGCUUAAGCAAACUUAUGCGUCGUGCAGAGAAUCUUGGUCUCAUCAAGGGAUUUCGGGUGGGAAGAGAUAUUGCAAAUCAAGUGGAGAUUUCUCAUUUGUUAUUUGCAGAUGACACUCUGGCAGUUUCCGGGCUAAAGGUUAAAGUGGCCAAGAGUGUGCUUGUUCUGGUCAGGAAUGUACAGGACCUCUCUUCUCUAGUUACAGUUCUUGGGUGUAGGGUGAGUUCCUUUCCUAUCCCUUAUUUGGGAUUGCCCCUAAGGGUUUCUCCCAGAUUAGUGGGGAGUUGGGAUUCUGUGAUUGAUAGAAUUGAACAAAUUCAAAGGAAUUUUCUUUGGGGAGGAAGGGGAGAAGAGUUCAAGUAUCACCUUGUUAGAUGGGAGCAAGUUUGCAAGCCUAUAAAACUGGGGGGUCUCGGUAUUAGACGAUUAAUUCCUUUUAAUCAAGCUCUUUUGGGCAAAUGGUUGUGGAGAUACGGGAAGGAAAGUCACCGCCCUUGGCGUAGAUUAGUUUCCUGUAGGUAUGGGGAUGAUGUUGGUGGAUGGACUACACGUCCGGUUUCUAUUGCGGUUGGAGUUGGGGCUUGGAAAUUUAUUCGGAAAGGAUGGGAUGCCUUUUCUCCUAAUGUUAGAUUCAGAGUUCGUGAUGGCAGUCGCGUUCGUUUUUGGGAAGAUCUUUGGUGUGGGAAUCAGCCUUUAUGUCGUACUUUCCCCAGAUUAUUUAGUAUUGCUGCUGAUAGACAUGCCACCGUAGCUAACUGUUAUCAGCUUGAUAAUAGUAGAAUUACGUGGAAUGUUCUUUUUCGGCGUUCUUUUCAGGAUUGGGAGCUAGAAGAUGUGAGCAUUUUUCUGGAUCAAUUGUAUCGGCAGGAAGGAAUUGGCAGGGGUUAUGACAAUUUGACUUGGAUUCCCUCUUCUCACGGUCGUUUUGAAGUAAGGUCUUUGUUCUUAUGUAUGUCUAAUUUUGCAUCCUAUGAUUUUCCAUGGAAGACUAUAUGGCGCUCUAUGGCUCCUAUUAGGGUGGCUUUUUUUGUAUGGACCACCGUUUGGGGUAAGAUUUUGACGAUCGAUAAUUCGAGGAAAAGGGGAAAUAAUUUUGUUAAUUGGUGUUGCAUAUGUAAGCAGAACGGGGAGUCAGUCGAUCAUCUCCUAUUGCAUUGUUCUGUAGUGCACGACUGCUGGAAUCUUAUUCUUGGGUUUUUUGGCAUGUAUUGGGUAAUGCCACGUUCUACUAAGGAGCUAAUUCAUGCUUGGAGAGGUUGUCGUUGUGUUAGUUGUAAGAACACUUAUAGGCAUGCAUUUAUUGGUUCAUCACCCAUCAUGGACAAGGCUCAUCAAGGUGAUUGUCCAAGCAAAGUCAUUUGA